GAGUGCCCAGCUUUUUGCCGGCGUUUUUUUAGCUUGUUUUGGCGGGUUGCAUCGGUUUUGGCCGACCUCGUUUCAAUGGUGCAGCACGCGAAGAAGAACCCCAACAAGCUAGAUGACUCCGGGGUCUUCAUGUCCGGCAACUCCAUCAGCAAGUUCCCGGCCGACGCCUCCCAGAACCUCUUCUUCACCGCCACCAGCUUCGACUUCGGGGCGCUGGCACCUGGCGAGGCGGAGGGAAAGGGCGAGAACUUUCUGCAGCUUCACGAGAUCGGGCGGAGGGACUGCAAGCUGGUGAAGCCCCCGGAGAUCCCGCUGCUCACCCGGAGCCAAACCUACUCCGUGAGCUUCGGGCCCAAGAAGCCCACUGACUGGGAACUGAACCAAUUCGUCCUGCAGACGAAGCAGGCGAGCAGCCAGGAGGUGCCGGGACCGUCCUAUGCUACUCGCUCCAGCUACCAGGACUUGGCCAAGACCCGCACGGCCUCAGAGAUGCUCCGCGCGCAGCCCCCGCUCCUGGCGCGUGACAUGCACCGGGUGCAAAGCCAGCCCUCGCUGGUUCGGCGCUCCUUGACCCAGGACAUGCACCGCGAGCAUCGGGGUGUGAAGGCGCGGGGUGACCGCUUCCUUCCGGUGCACGAGCUGGAUGUGGGGCUGGGCUCCUAUGACUUUUUGUACUCCACCUAUGGCUCAGAGCACCGGAGCUUCGGCGCCCGGCCGCACAAGGGUCACUCGGUCCACUGGAGGAAGCAACGGGGCCCGCAGCUGGUGGAUGACUUUUUCCAGGAUUUUCGUCGAGAGCGGCGUGGCGCGGGUGCUGAGCGGGAGCCGCUGCCGCCCGUGAGCCUCGUGGGCUCGGGCAAGGACUUGAUGAAGGACUUGCGAGAGAAGCCCUUCUCCGGAUGAAACGAUGAGACUGGUGUGGAAGUUUUUCCCGCACGCAGCUGGGGCGGAAGGCUCGCCGCCGAGCGCAGCCCUGUCCGCCUGAAUUAUAAGCUGUGCCGCGUAGAGAGCAGCCAAGCGUGACCACAUGUUCUUGGAG